AGAGCUGAGGGAGAACAGGGGGGACCGUGAGGCAGAGACAGACUGACGUUUAUUCCUAUAAGCUACAAUUAUGAUCAUACUAAUGACUGAAUACAAAUUGUUUUCUUUUACUUUUUCAUAAGUCAUAGAUUUAACUGGGGCAGCUUUAAAAAAAAGUGGACAGGAGGCAAGUAGAGAACAGAUCAUACGACUGCAGAGAGAUACUAUUUUUUUGCUUUUUUUUGAGUGAUUUAGAGUAACUCUCAUUAUCUGAACAUCAUUUAUCUCUUCACCAUGGUAGCUGGGUUCUUCGUACUGGCUCUGCACUUCUUUUCUUUCAUGGUGAUGACAGAAUCACACACCUGCCCAUCAGGAUUUAGUGUCAAGGAAGGAAAGUGCAUUGAUGUUGAUGAAUGUGCUGCUGAUGAGGAUUAUCCUGAUCAUCUCUCUCCAUGUGGAGAGAACUCACACUGUAUCAACACAGAUGGCAGCUACUACUGCCAAUGUCCUGAUGGUUAUAGAUCACCAACAGGACAUUUGAAUUUUUUAGCUGAUCCAUUUGCAAUAUGUAGAGACAUUGAUGAAUGUCAGGAUAAAAACAGUUGCGAUCAAAUUUCUGCUUGCAUCAACACGUUGGGCAGUUAUUAUUGUAUCUGUAAAGCUGGUUUUCGAUUGAAAUCUGGUAAAACUACCUUCUCUGGGAACAAGGAGGAAUGUGAAGACAUAUGUUUGACUAAUAAGACCAUCUGUGGAAAUGGAACCUGUCAUAGUGGUGACGGUGGUCAUCACUGUAUGUGUCAUUCAGGGUUCAGUAACUAUGGCAACAACAGGUCUCGCUGCACCGAGUUAAACUGUGAUCCAUUCAAAGAUGAGGACCGUCUGGAAGAGACAUUUCAUGUUGCAACUGAUUUUGUGAUGAAGUUGAAACAAAUCUGUCAGGGGUUCGCAGAGAGUGAAAGUGUAAAAAAGCUGGAUGGGGAGAACAUGGUGGAGGUACUUUUGUCUGGGAUUGACAAGCUUUUAUCCAGUGGAGCCAUCAAUGGUAACCAGAAAGUCUCCACCUUUCUGGACAUGAUGGAGAUUGCUCUGAGGCUCAUAGGACCCUUUACAAAGACCCCACAAACCAAAAGAUCCUCUAAUUAUUCAGAGCUGGAGCUGCUGGUACGUUCGGGGCCUGACUUACCUCGAGGACCUGUAACUUUAUCAUCUAAGCGAGUCCAGGCAGACCUCCAGCUGGAGACCGCUGCUGGAGAUCCAUCCAAUUACCCUGUAAUGCUUGUGACUAUAAAAGGCUUCACAACAGCGGCCUUGCUGAGCUACGCAAACCUGAAGGACUCUGCAGAUGGAUAUUUUGCUGGAAUGAAGCCACAGAGUAACCAAAGCUUUAAGAUCAACUCUCAAGUUGUGACUGUUGCCGUCAGCAACCGAGACACAAGCGUCCUUAAAGAGCCAGUCAACCUAACCUUUUACCACCUGAACCAGGAAGCUGAAAGCCACCAAUGUGCAUUCUGGGAUUCUUCAGAGGAAGGUGGGACGUGGUCGGCUCGAGGCUGCAGUGUGGUGGAGUCCAACCCUGAGUACACUGUGUGUUCCUGCACCCAUCUGAGCAGCUUUGCAGUGCUGAUGGCGCUCUAUGAGAUGGAGGACAAGUUUGAGUUGCAGCUGAUAACCUGGGUGGGACUGACCCUCUCUCUUUUUUGCCUGUUCCUCUGCAUCCUGACAUUUUCUCUGAUUUGCUCCAUUAAAAGUCCAAGAACCACCAUCCACCUGCAUCUCAGCAUCUGCCUCUUUAUCGCCAUUCGAAUUUUCCAGGCAGGAAUCUCUCACACACAGAACCCAGUCGGCUGUGCUGUAGUAGCAGGGCUGCUGCAUUUCUUCUACCUGGCAGUAUUUUGCUGGAUGUGUCUGGAGGGCAUCCAGCUCUUCAGGAUGGUCGUCCUGGGUUUUAACACCAACUUUAAAACUCUCUACCUGAUGGCAGGUGGCUAUGGAGUCCCAGCUGUAAUUGUUACAAUCUCUGCCUUAGCGAAUGCCAAAGGAUACGGCACUAAGAGACACUGUUGGCUGAGCCUGGAAAUCGUAUGGAAUUUGUUUGGCCCUGCCUGUGUCAUCAUAACAAUAAACAUUUUCUUCAUUCUCAUCACUAUGUGGAAGUUGACACAGAAGUUCUCAGGAUCAAACCCAGAUCUUGAAAGUUUGCAACAAAUAAAGACAUUUUCCAUUACUGCAGGGGCUCAGCUGGGCGUGCUGGGCACCACGUGGGUCUUUGAAUGUUUCCAGGUGGUGGAAGGCACCACUGCUAUGACUUACCUGUUCACCAUCUUUGGGAGCCUUCAGGGGGUUCUGCUGUUUAUCAUCCACUGUCUGCUUGAUAAGCAGGUGAGGGAGGACUAUGGGAAAUUAUUGUCUGGAUUGUGUUCACCUUGAAAAUGCAACUAAGUUCAGGUACUGAGCAGCCAUAAGUGUACAUACUCACAAAAGAGAUUUUGAGUCACGGAAACAUUUAUGAAUAUAAUAGCAUCUGUAUGACUCCUUCGCUUGACUAUUUAUGAGUUUUAUUUUAUUUAAAGUAGAUUAAUUCUUCAGUAGAUCAAACCUUUUUUACAUAUGACCAGUGUCUAACAUUCGACCUAUAAUAAGUGAUGAGGUGACUUAGUAAGACUAGCACCAUAGAAUGCUAAUGUGAACAUGCGAGCAGAGUUGUAGAGGGGCAGGCGCUUUAUUUGAAUAAAGAUAUUUCCUAUGUGAAAAUAAAAGCUUCUUACUGACAGACAUAUGUCAGUUUGUUUGUCAUUCUUCAUACUGUAGGUUGUUAAAGGAAAUUCACAAAUCCUCUAUGCAAAUAUUUCUUCUUGUCAUGUUGUACAUUUUUAUGUUGUGACUUGAAAGCUUUGACCUGUUUUAGGAAACUAAGAUCCACUCAGUUUUUCUAAUCACUAUUUCAGGAGUGUUAGGCAGCAGUGCAUGCACUGCAUAUUUUCUAUGCAGAGAAAUGAUCAGUUAUUCCUCUGCAAAAGUCCUCUGAAACAUCUCAAAGGACUUUUUGUCAUGCGCUCACAGACAACAACUAGUGCUUUCUGUUUUUUUCUGAACCUGCCCCAGCAACAGCCGGGCUAAGAGGGGGCAGAGCUAAAUGACAGGUAGGUCAAAUUACUGCAGCUCAGGUGAUUCGGCAGAGCGCAAUGCAUUCUGGGUGCGGAAACGAGUGAGCAAGUUAAACGGGAACGACCCACAAACCCCUUUUUCCUGCUUUGAACAGCUGCCAUAACUAAGAGCAAGUCAGUCACCAGUUAACGUGGUCGCGACUUAAUACAGAACAGCAGAAAGCUUAGACUCUGCCUCUCCGACCAUAUCAACCAUUUUCACCAACAACAACCAGCGCAGUCACCAAACGUUAAAAAACAAAUAACCAUAAAUCCAUAAAUUUUCCAUCACUUACUUUUGACAACUUCUGAAUCCUGUACUUUGCCCAUUCAUGUCAUGUGGUGUGAUUCUGGACGUUACAUUCAGCGAAUGUUAUCCAAUAAAGCGUUUCAGUCCAAAAUGUGUGGUAUAUCCACAAUGGUCUAAAAACUGCAAGUGUUCUGCUCUAACCCCUGAGCGAAAAUUAUUUUUUUUCCACUUCUUUGAGCCAUAACUCGCUAAAUUUGAAAGCGAAACUAAACGAGUGGUCCAAGAUGGAGGAUGUAAGGCUUACGCUCUGUUAUAGCCCAAGCAAGGCGGAAAAUACCCAAGUAUGGGGCUACAAUGGUUAUCCCUAGCCAUGAUCUUCAAGUUCCUGAGAACCACCCUUCCCCCACUCCCAGGCUGGCAGUGGCACUACCGUAAGUGUUGUAAGAAAACGGACAAAGCUAUAGUGUACGUUAGACUGCGCAGAGAUUGCAGAUAUGCGUCAAGAGCAGGUUGGGCACUCAGACAUCCAGUGAGUCAAAAGGCCAGAAAGUGAAGCCUGCUCUUUCCUUCCUACAUUUCCUUCCUUACAUAUAAGUGUUUAGUUUAGAGUAAACACUAAUAUA